AUGGAGAAAAAGGUCCUCUAAGAUAUAGUUAAUGUUAGCGAUCGACAGCUAUUGGAAACAAUUGAGAGUUUAAAGAAUCUCAAAAUAUUCACCGAUAUUGAUUAAUAAAUUCAAAACCACGGGAGUAAUUCAAUGGAGCCCUCGGCAAGCGCAGAGCAUGGAGCUUAAAUCGAUAGUUUGUACUUCGAAAACUUUAAAGACUUAAAGGAUGAGAACUCUAAUGAUCAGGGUAGUCUCUAAAUAGCCUCCCCAUCUGGUGAAAUUAUGCAAGAUUCCAACUCAGCAUAAGCUCCAGGCAGACAAAGCAAUACACAGUAGAUUAGCAGUCAAUAAAACUAACAUAACUAAUCAUCGUAGUAAUAAGUCAACAAGAUAGAAAGAGAAUAGUUUAUUGGUUAAGGAGCACUCAUCAUCACAGAUAGAAUAAGCCAAGCUUAAAAUCUGGAAUAAGCUACUCACAUUAUGGCCUAAUCACUAAAGGAAUACACAGAUGAGUAUGAUAAGCAAGGUUACUAGAAGUUGGCUAUGGAUUCAACUACCAGGAAGAUCAUUUUGAGUCUGAAUCAGGAUAACAAGAUCCUCAAGAAAGCAGUAAACAUAUUCAAUGGUCGGAUGACUGACAAUGAACGUCAGAAGCAUCUUAUGUAACAAGAGUUGAGAAACAAGGAACACUAGAUUAUGAAAAUGAAAGAGACAAUUAAUUAGCUAACUUCAAUUAUACAUGGUACUUGCAGGUAAAAUAUGGGCAACCAGGAUAACUUCUUCGAUCCUCCUGAUAUCUUUGAGGCUAAUUGA